GUGGCUUCAAGCGCCACAACAGUGAGCUCGCAAAACACUCUCUCUCUGUCUCUCUCUCUCUCUCUCACAGAGGCACGGGCGACAAGUAAAUGGAAGUGGGGAGGCUACCCAUCUCAGCAUCGCAGAGAGGGAAACUGAUAUCAGCCGGCUAUACCACUCUCUCGUCGCUUUCUUCGCUCUCUCCUUCCGUCCUUGCUCGAGAAGUAAAUGUUUCGGAUACUGAAGCUGCUCAAAUUCUGAAGGUUGCAUCACAUGGUAGUAGGUUGGACGGGUCAGAAGGAGGUUGUGCUACUAUUAACGGUGCACAAACUGCUUGGGAUAUGCUCCAUGAGGAGGAAAUGUUUCCACGCAUCACUACAUCGUGUGUGGAUUUGGAUAACAUCCUUGGUGGGGGAAUAAAUUGCAAAGAAGUUACAGAAAUUGGUGGAGUUCCAGGCAUUGGUAAAACACAGCUGGGGAUUCAACUUGCUGUAAAUGUUCAAAUUCCAGUUGAUUAUGGCGGCUUAGGUGGAAAGGCAAUAUAUAUAGAUACAGAAGGCAGCUUUAUGGUAGAGCGGGCUUUACAAAUUGCUGAAGCAUGCAUAGAGGACAUGUCAGAAUCUGAUGGCCUUUUGCGCAAGGAUUUUAAAGCUUGCCAACUUAAAAUGCACCCCAACAAUAUCUUGGAAAACUUAUUCUAUUUCCGCGUCUGCAGCUACACUGAGCAAAUUGCCCUUACAAAUUACUUAGAAAAGUUCAUCUCAGAGCAUAAAGAUGUUAAGAUUGUUAUUGUUGAUAGUGUUACUUUUCACUUCCGCCAAGAUUUUGAUGACAUGGCCCUCAGGACUCGAUUACUAAGCGGAAUGGCUUUAAAGCUCAUGAAGCUUGCAAAAGUGUUUAGCUUGGCGGUUGUUUUAUUGAAUCAGGUGACCAACAAGUAUACAGAAGGUUCAUUCCAGUUAACUCUUGCACUGGGUGAUAGCUGGUCACAUUCUUGCACAAAUCGGGUCAUAUUAUAUUGGAAUGGCAAUGAACGAUAUGCAUACAUCGACAAGUCGCCUUCCCUCCGAUCAGCAUCAGCACCAUAUUCUGUGACCAGUAAAGGUAUUAGGAAUUCUGCUUCGAACUGUAAGCGAAUUAAAAUGAUGUGACAUAUAGAUAGGGUGAGAUGCAAGCAAAAACUAUCCAGCAUCAACACUAUAGUAUAUGUUGUUUAAACCAUACUGAAAAGCUUUAUCAUUUAAGCAAAUUAUAGUCACCAACAUAUUUUAUUUUGGUAAUUAGGGAAUGUUCAUGUACUUAUUCAGCUUGACAGUCGGUUGUUACCCAAAGUUGAACCAAAGUCUGGUGUUAAAGUUUUCAAUUAAAUCCAAACUUGGCUUGGUUCAAUAAAAAAUAAGCUCAUACGGGCCUCAACUCAGGUGGUUAAUCAGUGAGUUGAGACUGGAGUUGAAUCUUAGAUUCAAGUUUUUAUCAAUGAAUUAAAUAAAAUAAACAAUCAGAAUAUGAAUUCAAAGUUGUGUGACUGCUUAAACCCUAGCAUAUAAGUAAAAUAUCGAUAGUUGAAUCAAGAAAACUGAAAGGUGACUAUCUGGUUUACCUCUCCAGCAUAUUCCCUUUAAACCCCAAAGACCCGCAUGCAAGAUAGUUUGUCUUCCAGUUUGAAAUGAGGUUAGCA